GAACGGAUCGGGUACUGACAUUGCCCCUACACAUCACAUUAUAUAUAUGUCAAUGAUCACAUGGUGCAUCAUAAGUUUCGUUUCUGUACAACAGUAACGUUUACACCCUCAUAUGAGUCAGCUUAAGUACACAGUGACUGUUUUGUAGCUACCACACGCAGGUGGUUUAAUUCAAGGUAAACCCAGCCUUGGGUGAGUCUUUCAGAAAGGUGGAAACUGACUUUUAUGACAGACAUGGAGAAAGUCUUGGCUGUAGCAGAGUCAUCAGAAAUAAAGACCACCAGCUCCACAAAAGACAGAAAGGAGGGUAAGGAAAAUACUCCAGGAACCAGUAAUGACACAGAAAAUCAAUGGGAAAAAGAAGAAAAAGAAAACAACAAACUGUCGCUGAUCUCCUGGAACGUGGAUGGACUUGAUCCAGAGCAACAGCCAGAGAGAGCGAGAGGCCUCUGCUCCUACAUAAUCUCACACUCUCCUGACGUGGUGUUUCUUCAGGAGCUCAUCCAACCAUACACGCGCUUCAUGAAGAUGCGUCUGGUGGCCAACUACACGUUCAUCGAAGGAGGAAAGGAGAGUUACUUCAUCGGGAUGAUGCUGAAGAAGUCACGGAUCACCCUGCUGGACAGCGAGAUAGUCGAAUAUCCAACCUCUCGCCAGAUGAGGAACCUGCUUGUCGCUCAGGUGCUGUUCAAAGGCCAGAAGCUUUGUCUGAUGACGUCUCACUUUGAGAGCUGUAAGCCCAAUGCAGCAAACAGGAUGAAACAGCUGCGCCUGGUGAUGAAGAGGAUGACCGAGGCGCCUGAUGAUGUCACUGUCCUGUUUGGAGGAGACACCAACCUGAGGGAUGCUGAGAUGGUCGAAGUAGGCCUUCCUGGCUGCAUCUGUGAUGUGUGGGAGCAGCUGGGAGAGCCGGAGAAUUGCCGCUACACAUGGGACACCUACGCCAACACAAACCUGGAUCAUCGGUACAAGAGUCGCUUCCGUUUCGACCGGCUCUACCUGCGCCGGGCUGCCGGAGACGGCGUCCCACAGCUGGAGCCCGACAGCAUGGCCUUGAUCGGGCUGGAGAAGCUCAAGUGUGGUCUCUACACCAGUGAUCACUGGGGCAUUUACUGCACAUUCUCUGCUCUGUAGAAAUGCACAAAACAUUGUCCUUCUGUGUACCUUUUUUCCUUUUGAAGCGAAAUACUUCCUGAUUUUAAAUCUUAAGAAUUUUAAUCUCCGCUACAGAGGCUGCAAAUGUGGCACCUACAUUUGAAUUAAUAGGCCAUUAUUCCGUGGGUUACCUUCUAUCUCAUGUUAUGCAUUCUAUUUAUUCUAUUUUACUCUUAUUUUAUCUUCUUUUUGCCUUUGUAAGGUGUGUUUUACUUUCCACCAUACUUUACAUUGAUUGUGGUAUUCUAUCACUGGUUUUACUUUAUAUUGACUCCCUGUUUAAUGCUCAUUUGAUUUCAUGUGAUGUCCUUAUUGUAAAAUACUUUGUACUGCAUCUCUUGUAUGAUAGGUGCUAUACGAAUAGGCUAAAAUUAUUAUCACGGUUAUAUUAUGGUGGAACAGCGGACAUUGAAACUGUUUGACUGUAAUGUUUUAAUCAUUGAUACCUAAUUUAUGAGUUCAAUCAGACAUUACAACACAACAACUAUUUACUUUCACAUCUGUAUAAAAAAAAAAUGUUGAGUGUAAAUAUGUAUGGCUCUGCAGCUUUGCCCAAUAAUAUACCAUUCAUUUGGUUUCCUCCUCUCCAACUUACCCCUGAAGUGCUGACAGCAGUUGACUUCACUUCCCCAUUUCCCUGAUCUUUGACAAUAAAGUUUCAGACAAUACAUAUCUAUUAAAUUAGUUGCAGAG